AUGCCUACCGACAAUCAAGGAAACUCCUAUCAACAUACCGGCUCCGGCACCAAUAGCCAGGGAAACCACUGGUGUAGCCGUGAUUUUGGUAGCAGUGCCCCAAAUUCGAACUCCUAUCACUACUCGAACAGUAAUGGUAGUUACUACUAUAGUAACCCAAGUGGUUCAACUUAUCACAACAAUGGGCAAGGCGGGUCGACCUACACGCCAUCCUCCGGCAAUAGUGGAAAGAAAUAA